GAUGGCGGAGGAGGAGCGGGCGCUGCUGGGCCCUGGCGGCGGCUCCCCCUCGGCGGGGUCCCGCGGCCUGGCCGCCGCCUGCGACCCGCGGCGCCUGCCGCAUCGUCUCCUGGUGCUCGCCCUCAUGUGCUUCCUGGGCUUCGGCAGCUACUUCUGCUACGACAACCCGGCGGCCCUGCAGACGCAGGUGCAGGCGGACAUGAAGGUGAACACAGCGCAGUUCAUGGCACUCUAUGCCUGGUAUUCCUGGCCCAACGUGGUUCUCUGUUUCUUUGGAGGCUUCCUGAUAGACAGAGUGUUUGGGAUACGGUUGGGCACAGUAAUCUUUAGCAUCUUUGUUUGUGUUGGGCAGGUGAUUUUUGCUUUGGGAGCACUAUUUAAUGCUUUUUGGCUGAUGGAAGCAGGCAGAUUUGUGUUUGGAAUAGGUGGAGAGUCUUUAGCUGUGGCACAAAACACUUAUGCAGUCAGCUGGUUUAAAGGCAAGGAAUUAAAUCUUGUGUUUGGAUUGCAGCUAAGCAUGGCCAGAAUUGGGAGUACAGUGAACAUGAAUAUCAUGGGAUGGAUAUACUCUAGAGUUCAAGAUCUUCUGGGGCAUACUGGUCACAGCACUCUUGGGUUAACUCUUAUGAUAGGUGGCAUAACAUGUCUCCUUUCCCUGGGUUGUGCAUUAAUUCUUGCUUAUCUGGACAAGAGAGCAGAGAAGCUCCUUUGUAAAGAGCAAGGAAAAACUGGUGAAGUGAUUAAACUCACUGAUGUGAAGGACUUCUCUUUGUCUUUGUGGCUCAUAUUUGUAAUCUGUGUCUGUUACUAUGCAGCUGUCUUUCCUUUCAUUGGACUUGGAAAGGUUUUCUUCAUUGAGAAAUUCAAAUUCUCAUCUCAAGAAGCAAGUGCAAUUAACAGUAUUGUUUAUAUCAUAUCUGCACCCAUGUCCCCUGUCUUUGGACUCCUGGUGGAUAAAGUUGGAAAGAAUAUCAUCUGGGUUUUAUGUGCUGUAAUAACUACACUUGCUUCUCACAUCAUGUUGGCUUUUACCUUCUGGAACCCCUGGGUGGCAAUGUGUUUACUAGGAGUGGCUUACUCAUUGCUUGCCUGUGCCCUGUGGCCCAUGGUGGCCUUUGUAGUUCCAGAACAUCAGCUGGGAACUGCCUAUGGCUUUAUGCAGUCUAUCCAGAAUCUGGGUCUGGCAAUUAUUGCUAUAGCAGCUGGUAUGAUACUGGAUACAAGAGGAUAUCUGUUUCUCGAAGUGUUCUUCAGUGCUUGCGUUUGCUUGUCACUAAUAGCUGUAGUCAUGCUGUAUUUUGUGAAUCACCUCACAGGAGGUGAUCUUAACUGGUCUGCAAAGAAAAGGGAAAAACUGCAAAAAGUAGCUGCAACUGAAGCAGAAGAACAAGAGAGACUCAGACGUCAGAAUGAAGAUGACUUGGCUAAGUUGCAGCCAAAAGAUGAUGACUUUAGUUUAAGGAAUAGAUACCUCUCCAAACUAGGCGCUCAGCUGCCAGAUAAUUAUUCUUCCUACUUAUCAACAAUGGCACAUAGAAGCGUGUUGAAAUAGCAUCUUGGCCCACUUGCAGAGGCAGAAGUAAUUGAAGUUCCUGUACACAGAACUUUGCUAGUACUAAGAAUUAAUACAAGCAAAAGCAGAAUGAUGUAGCACUUCUGCAACUGUAGAUCCUAUUUUUAAAAUACUCACCUUAAACUCCCUCUGGAUAACAAAGACACCAAAGAAGAAUCAUCUGGCUCUCUAUUUGAACCCAGGAGCUAUAUGUUACACCAUCCUGUCUAAAAUAGCUAAGACUUCAUCUGUUCUUACUACAAAACAGAGCGUCUGAAAUAUGGAAACCCUGUUACAGUAAUCAGCUUGCUGUGAAAUGAGUCUUGAUGUGGGCAUGGGGUGAUUGAGACUCUUAAUUCGGACAACUUUGUUAACAAGUUGGUGAUAGUCUGUUUCAUUUUUCUUAUAGAAAAAAUUUGGGGAAAAUGACUUUUGUUGUGGUCAAAUAUUUUUGAGGAAAUCAGAUUAUGAUUUUAAUGUUCCUAUUUAAAAAGUACUGGCCCUUGAAUUCAAUAUUAAUCACAGGCUUGGCUGUAACCUCAUGCAAGUCCCCAUUAAUAUGAAUAUUGGUAAAUCUUUAAAAGAUUGUGAGUAACAACUCUGGAAAUGUAGGAGGAGCUGAAGUUUUACAUUCACUGGAAAAAAUGUUUAACUUCAUCGUGAAGUACUUUUGUGCAAUUUUGGUGGAAGACUUGUUCCUGCAUAGAACUAGGUCCUGAUAGCUCCUCCAGGGCCCAUUUUCCAAAUUCUUACUUUCUUUUGUUUUUAACUAUUUGGGCUCGAUUGUGGAAUCGAACACAUUCUUAAACUAGUCUUACUUGAAGGGCAGGAGCAUCUGGCUUUCUUAAGCAGUAGUUGCUCAAGGGAAGAGCUACUCUGCAAGCAGAGGCUUCAGUGCACAGUAGUGAGUGAGCUUGUCCUGGCUUACUUCGGGAGUCCUUGCAAGCAACAAAAUGCUGAAGAGCUACUGGUUGGCCUUUGACCAACUGCUUGAAGACAGAAUAUUACAAUAAAAAUGUCACCUUAUAGCUGUGUAACACUUGCUUACAGUAAUUUGAGGAGACCUUCUGGAACUCAUGUGUUUAAGAUAUUUCUCCAUGGAGAUUUCUGCUGUGUUGUAUCAUCUUCCUGAAAGACUAAGCCAGGACUAUGGUGGUAGUACUAUGUUCUGAAGAAUGACCUAGGAAGGUAAAAGAGCAGAUUCUGAACCUUGAGUUAACUGCUGAAGGGGAGUUCCUUUACCUGUGAUGACUUGCUGGUGCUAUCUUUGAAAAGAAAACAUUGUCCGCUGUGAGGCUGGAUGGUGCAAGGCUAACUUAUUUGCCUGUUGACUUGUGAACUCUGGGUCUUUUUUUAAUAAAAACUUCAAAUGGC